AGGCGGAGUCGCGAGAGCGCGGCCCAGGCCGGCCCUGCGGGGCGGUCGCGGCCGUGACGGUGGCUCCCGGCCCGGCUCCCCUUUAGCACCCCUCCCGCCGGAGAUGAGGGGAAGAUGUCCGUGUCAGGGCUUAAGGCCGAACUGAAGUUCUUGGCGUCCAUCUUCGACAAGAACCACGAGCGAUUCCGCAUCGUCAGUUGGAAGCUGGACGAGCUGCACUGCCAGUUCGUGGUGCCGCCUCCGGCGCCGCCGGGCAGCCCGCACUCGCCGCUGCCACCGCUCACUCUCCACUGCAACAUCACGGAAUCUUAUCCAUCAUCUUCACCAAUAUGGUUUGUGGACUCCGAUGAUCCAAAUCUGACAUCAGUUCUAGAACGUCUAGAAGAUAAUAAAAACAACAAUUCGCUUCGUCAGCAAUUGAAGUGGUUGAUAUGUGAACUCUGCAGAUUAUAUAACCUUCCUAAGCACCUGGAUGUUGAGAUGCUAGAUCAACCACUACCCACGGGUCAGAAUGGGACAACAGAAGAAGUGACUUCCGAUGAGGAGGAGGAGGAAGAGAUGGCUGAAGAUAUAGAAGACUUGGAUCACUAUGAGAUGAAGGAAGAAGAGCCUAUUAGUGGAAAAAAGUCUGAGGAUGAAGGAAUUGAAAAAGAAAAUUUGGCAAUAUUAGAGAAAAUUAGGAAGACUCAGAGGCAAGAUCAUCUAAAUGGUGCAGUGUCUGGGUCAGUGCAAGCUUCAGAUAGGCUUAUGAAAGAACUCAGGGACAUAUACAGAUCACAGAGUUAUAAAACAGGGAUUUAUUCAGUGGAACUUAUAAAUGACAGUUUAUAUGACUGGCAUGUUAAACUGCAGAAGGUUGAUCCUGAUAGUCCUUUGCACAGUGAUCUUCAGAUCUUAAAAGAAAAAGAAGGCAUAGAAUAUAUUUUGCUUAACUUCUCUUUUAAGGAUAACUUUCCAUUUGAUCCUCCUUUUGUUCGAGUGGUGUUACCUGUUCUCUCAGGAGGGUAUGUUUUGGGUGGAGGCGCCUUGUGUAUGGAACUUCUCACAAAACAGGGCUGGAGCAGUGCCUACUCAAUAGAAUCUGUCAUCAUGCAAAUCAAUGCCACCUUAGUCAAAGGAAAAGCCAGGGUGCAGUUUGGAGCAAAUAAGAAUCAGUAUAAUCUAGCAAGAGCCCAACAAUCUUAUAAUUCCAUUGUACAGAUACAUGAGAAAAAUGGCUGGUACACCCCUCCAAAGGAAGAUGGCUAAAUGUGUUGACUUUCAUAUAUUUGGACCAAUGUUGCUUUAAAGAAAAUCUUCCCAACAUGCAGACACAAGCUUUGAGUGCCCCUAUAACAGCAGUACUGAAGACGUUAGCCAAUAGAUAUUUUAGUGGGUAAUCUGUCAACUGACAUCCAGUAUAAGUUACAGCCUUUUCAUUUUGCUCAUCUUAGGUAUCAUGGACUGAGCAGUGGGGCUUUUACUGUAUUUUUCCUGAUAAAUACACUAGCCACUCCUUAUCAUCCUUUUUUCUUGAAAACUUAAACCUUUUAAGUAGGCAAGUCAGCAUCAGGUUACUAAAGUUGUGACCCAUUUUGGGUAAUAUUCCUGUAUUGAACCCAUGAAUUAUGAUGACUUGCAAUAUAUUGUUUCAUUUCAAGCCAAUAAAAGUUUAAUUGUUGUUUAAUAUUGGUUUAGAAAAUUUAAGGUCUUCUAAAUCACAGUAGCUUUUUCAGGUCUAAAACUAUUUUAUGGUAUUGCCAAAAUAAUGACAGGAAACCUACUCAUUAAUUGUUAAAUAGCUGUGUGAAGAUACGAACUAUUUCCUGAUGAUAUACUCUUAAUUGGGUUGUACUUUUUAGGUAAAGCAAAGCAAGGCUGUGCCGAUGAAGGCCUGUAAGAAGUAAUUUCCACUGGGUCAUCAGAGUCUUGCUGGGCUGGAUCUGCUUCUUGUUGGUUCAGUAUUCCUUAAGAAGAAGAGCCACAGUAUACAUCUUGAAAUUACUUAAAAUACUAAGUCAUUUUACGUUUCCAAUUUAUUAAGGGGAUGUUGCAAUCAUUUGUAAACUAAUAACUUAUAAAGUGAUUGGUACAAAGGUUCCUUGAGCAAAAGCUGCACAGUUGAGUACAAAAAAAUACUGUCUAAUUUGGAAAUUCUUAAAAUAUGUUGCCAUACUACUAAUAAUGGCUUUUACACUGAAAGACUAAUAAGAACUCUACAUGCUAAUUCUCUUAUAAAAUCUGACUCAAAUCAAUGUACUCUCCAUUUUAUUGCCUUGCCUGAAUGAGUCCUGUUCAGUUGGUAAUAGAUUUUUUUAUACAUUCAAGUUUGAUUUAAAAGUAAAUUCUAGAUGUUAAGCACUUUUAAAAAGAAACCUAGAAGCACAUUUUUCUGCACAAACCAGUUACCCAGUUUAGAAGUGUUUCUUACACAUUUGCCCUAAGAUUCAAUUUUUUAACUGUGUGAACCACAUCAGAGAGACUUGGCAUUUCUGUAUUAUUUGUGUGUGUUUUUAUUUCUUUUGAUUCUAUUUGGUUAAGAAGACAGUAGAUAACAAUUUUCUGGCUUUCUUGUUCACUUGGUUACAUUUUUGUAUAAAGUUCUCAUAGCCACUUGCUCAGAAAAGAAGUGACAAGGCAGAACUCUUUAAAGCAUUAAAGUUCCUUAAACCUAAGGCUAAAUCUUGAAUACAUUAUUGAAUUCUUUAAUAUUCUGAUGGCUGGCAGAUUGACAGCUGCACAUUUGGCAUGCUUUUUUUUUUUUUUUUGAUUUUUCAUUGCAGAAUUAUAUGGCAAUGUACAGUAAAUUUUGUAAACUUGCAUCAAGUUUAUGAAUAAAGAACCAUUUAAAAAA